AUGAGCUCUUUCCCGUCUUCCAGUGAUAGGGAUAAACAGUGGGGCGUUGGUUCCGGUCGGUCAUUCCAGCAAUACGAGCCCUCGUCAUUUGCAGAGGACUCAGCGACCAGGGCCCCUCACAACGUCACCCCCAGUUUAUCUCACCAUGAUUGGGCUGAUCCAUCAGGCAAGAGGCCAAUUGAUAGAAUCAUACAGUCGGAUGACUAUGAACGAUCUCAUGGCAAGGUCGAAUCAUUGUCGGACUCGCAAGCACUCUCAAACGACAGCGGUAAUGAAGAUGACCCUGAAGAGAAGCAUCGAGAGCCAAAAAGACCUAGGAUGGCAAUUUCGUGUUCUGAAUGCCGACGACGAAAAAUAAAGUGCGACCGCAAUAUUCCGUGCAUGGCUUGUGUCAGGAGGGGCAUGCCUGGUUCAUGCCGCUGGGAAAAUGCCAAGGUUGAGCCAUCGCCACAGCCAUUUGCGCUGAAAACACAAGUCGAUGAUCUUCAAAGGCGGCUUGAAUCUCUUCAAGAUACCCUUGAAAGUUUGCCAGCUGAGAUUGUCAAAGCAGUCACCAUGGCCCAGCAACCGUCAAAUUCGAACAUUUCCCAAUCGAAACAGGGUAUCGAGAAUCAAGAUUCCAGAGAGGCUUCAAGUUUGCCUCGAGAUACGCAAAUCUCCAAGGCGGGAGCAUCCGGCAAUGGAAAUGAUCACACAACAUCCCGCCCUUCUGCUAAUGCGCCCAAUGCCACUUCAUCCGCUACUCGGUCAAAUGGCCCUCCUUCGAAGGGACUAUCGGCAUUCUACGACGAUGCAGCAGAAAAUGCCGCAGUUGUGCUGGAGAGUAUUGCUUUCAACCCGCAAACAAAUGAAGCGGAAGCUGGCAAUGACUCGAUGAUAUCUCAUGAAUAUUGGAGAGGGAAUAUGCUCACCACCAUCUCAGGGGCAGCCCUGGCAGGUAGUGCCAAAGAUGAUCCUCCAAAGUUACGGCAUCAACUUGAACAACAGGAUCAAGAAUUCACUUCGGCUCUGACCAGUAUCGUUGCGCCACCGUGGGACAUUACAUUAGACCGCUUCAAUCCUGUGCUUAUGCAACAGGGGGGCUCCGAGCCGGACACGCCACAGCACCUAAUGGGACAUAAACUUGAUGCUAUGCACAGUAUAUUCGAGAAUUUGCCAAGCUUAAGCCAAAGCUACUAUUUAGCUGAGCAAUACAAAAACAUAAUCCAUUGGCGAUCUCGCAUUCUACAGUGA